AGAAGCUCUUGCGGUCUUGCAUUGCCUCCAGGCUAGUCACGCCACUAGCUCGCCACCCUGUAGUCCAAGGACCGAUCGAGGAUGAGCUCUGUUGGGAGUCAGGACUCCAUGGACAGCUUGGAUUAUUCCUACCUCUUGGAUGGCCUUUACCUCUCGGAUGGCCUUGUGGAGGCGCCCACCCUGACCUCCAAGGAAAUCGAGGAUGCUAGGAAGGAAGCGUUGAAGAUCCUGAAAACCAGUUCCCCAGAAGAGGCCUUGAAGAUUUUCACCGAGAGUUCAGAGGUCAUCAAGGCUGACCUGGCGAGGGAGAAGGCCCACACCCCGGCGAUGCCUCCAAACGGUGCUGAUGCGAAGGCCAACGGCACGGUGCAGCACCCACCGCCGAAGAACUGAGACAAAGAGGCCUGCCUGCCUGCCUGUCUGCUCCUCUCGUCGAUCAGGAGCAAAUUAAAAUAACAGCAUAGUCUGCUUUUCAUUCGAUCCAAACCAAAUGGACGCCUUCCUCUAGUGCAUGUGGUGGCUUGGGGUCCGGCCUCACAUCGCGUAGAUGGGGUUUCUCCAGUUUGCUGGAUCGUUUUCGAUUCUUCGACUUCUUCCUCUCGUGAUCAUCUCACCUGACCAUGCAUGUGUAUAUCGUUCUCGCUAAGGGCCUGUUCGGUUCCUCAGGAAUAAAGCCU